AUGCCCCAACCCCCCUGCACUCCAUGCCUCGCCCCCCCUGCACCCAAUGUCUUGCCCCACUGGCCCCCACUUACCCCGCCGCGUCCCUUCUCACCCUUCUCACCCCUCUUACCCUUCUCACCCCUCUCACCCUUCUCACCCUUCUCACCCCUCUCACCCUUCUCACCCCUCUCACCCUUCUCACCCUUCUCACCCUUCUCACCCCUCUCACCCUUCUCACCCUUCUCACCCCUCUCACCCCUCUCACCCCUCUCACCCCUCUCACCCCUCUCACCCCUCUCACCCCUCUCACCCCUCUCACCCCUCUCACCCUUCUCGCCCCUCUCGCCCUCACUCACCCCGUGCAUGUGCACAUGGCCGGCAGGCGGGCGGGGCUGUGGAAGGGCUUUGAGGCGCUCGUGCUGGGCCGGGGGGCUGGCGGCGAGGGGCAGCAGGGCGACUGGACCUCACGGGGCCCCACUCACCCCCACUCUUCCCCUCUCGCCCCUCUCGCCCUCACUCACCCCCCACGGCAGGCGAGCAGGGCUGCGAGCAGGGCUGUGGAAGGGCUUUGAGUCGCUCGUGCUGGGCCGGGGGGCGGGGGGCGAGGGGCAGGAGGGCGAGGGGGCAGCGGGGGAGUGGGAGGAGGAGGAGGAGGAGGUGCAGGAGUACCAAGUCAAGUUCCACAGCAGGGGGGGGCAGGCUGGGGCUGCUGGGGAGAAUGGGGUGCUCAGUGGGGAAGUGCAUGGGGUGCCCAAUGGGGUGCUGAAUGGGGAGGUGUAUGGGGAGGUGAAUGGGAAGAUGAAUGGUGGAGGAAAGGAGGUGAAUGGCAUGGUGGAGCAUGCUAACGGCGGGGAGGAGGAGCAGAUGAGCAUGGGGGAGGCGAUUGCUGCAGUGGGGUGGCACUCGCACAGCAUUGGCAGGGCGCGGGUGGCAGUGGUGAGGGAGCUGCAGGCGCCCGAUUCAGACCGAUCCACGCUGCAUGUGGAGCUCGACCUGCAGCCCUGCCCCCACCUGCAGUAUGAGGUGGGCGAUCACGUGGCAGUCUUUCCUGAGAACAGUGAUGCUGACGUGGCAGCAGUGGCCAAGUGUCUGGGAUUGGAUCUGGAUGACGUCAUCUCUCUGCAUCUCCCCUCGCCCUCCUCCUCCCUGCCACCGCCCCCUCCCGGCCGCCACUCCAUCCGCUCCGUGCUCGCCUCGCUGCCUGACCUCCACUCCUCGCCCCGCAAGGCAGCGCUGGCAGUGUUGGCGCACUUUGCCUCCCACCCCGAUGAGGCGGCACGCCUCAAGCACCUCGCCAGCGGCGGUGGGAAGGAGGAGUACCGGGAGUGGGUGGCGGCGGCACACCGCUCGCUGCUGGAGGUGCUGCACGCCUUCCCCUCCGCUCGCCCGCCCCUCGCUGUGUUCCUCGCCUCCGUUGCUCCUCGCCUGCAGCCACGCUUCUACUCCAUCUCCUCCCACCCCAGGCACGCGCCAGGCGCACUGCACAUAACGUGUGCCGUGGUGAGGGACGUCACCCCCGCAGGCCGCACGCACCACGGCGUCUGCUCCUCCUUCCUGCACCGCCACCUCCCCCUGCCCACCCCCGCCUCCACCUCCCCUGCCUCCGACCCCUCGCCCCCCGUGCUGCUGCCGGCGUUCAUCCGCUCGUCGCACUUCCGCCCACCCGCCGACCCCGCUCGCCCCAUUGUCAUGGUCGGCCCCGGCACCGGCCUCGCUCCCUUCAGAGCCUUCCUGCAGCACCGCGCUUUGAUGCAAAAGGAUGGGCAGCAGCUGGGGGAGGCACUUCUGUUCUUCGGGUGCCGGCACCGCGACCAGGACUACAUCUACCGGGAGGAGCUAGCAGCGUACGAGGAAGGUGGCGUGCUAUCUGCGCUGCACGUGGCCUUCUCCCGAGACGGGCCCUCCAAGGUCUACGUGCAGCACCUGCUCAAGCAACAGGCGGAGAGGGUGUGGGAGGUGGUGGGGAGCGGGGGAGGCAGUGUGUACGUGUGUGGAGACGCCAAGGCCAUGGCCCGGGACGUGCACCACGCGCUGCUCGAGGUCGCAGUGGAGCAGGUGGGUGGGCACUGUGGGUUCAUGCUGGGUGGAGCAGGUGGGGUGGACAGUGUGUACGUGUGUGGCGAUGCCAAGGCCAUGGCCCGGGACGUGCACCACGCGCUGCUGGAGGUGGCUGUGGAGCAGGUGGGUGGGCACUGUGCGUUCAUGUCCUGCACACCUCUGCUGCCCCUCGCCCCAUCGCGCACGCCUUCCUCGCGCUUGCUCUCAGCGCCAACCCGCUCCGCCGCGUCAACUCUCCGUUCCCGCCCCUGCGCCACUCCGCACGACCGCCAUCCCCGCAUGGCUCCUCUUUGCGUGUCGCCACUGACCGCGCGGCGCCUCUCGUUCGCCGGGCUUGCGCUCUGCGCUCUCCUCGCCGCCGCCCUCUUCCGCCCCGCCCUCUCCCGCGCAUCUCUGCCCGUCGCGCGCGGACGAGCGCUGGAGGAGGACGACGAGCGGGAGGGGAGCAGCGAUGACGGCGGAUACACGGAUCAGCUGCGCUCGCAGGGAAAGUUGCGCGCGCAUUGGAGCGUGGAGGGAGAGGACGAGGUUAAUGGCGACUCGUCGCACGACGACCAUGACGACGAUGGCGACGACCAUGACGACGAUGGCGACGAUCACGGCGAUAGCAAUGGUGGCGACGAUGGCGACCAUGGUGACGACCAUUCGCACGACCACGACAGAUCCGGGCUGUCUUCGUCGCCGUCUGUGCCCUUCCCCACCACCCCGUCUGCCCCCGCCGCCUCCCCGCCGCCCCCCACCUUCCCGUCGCUGACGUGCGCGCCUGGCGCGGGGCAUUGCGAGUUCGCGGGGACGGCGGGGUGCAGCCCCGCGCGGAUCUUCUGCAACGGCUCCUGCUGCAUCGUACGCUCUGCGCCCUAA